CGAAUGCUCUGGAAGCGGCAUCGCCGCCUGGCGCGUGGCCGAGCGGUGGUGGCGGCGCGGCGCCAUGAGGCUGUGGGCGGUGGCGGUGGUAGUGGCGGCCCUGGGGGCGGUGGCCGGGCAGUUCCGUGCCCUGCCGCCCAUCUCUGAUAAGGUUUUCAUCAGGGACUGCGUGCGCGCCCACAACGUGUACCGCAGGAACGUCGAGCCCACCGCCAGCAACAUGCGGUACAUGAGUUGGGAUGCAGCUUUGGCAAGGACUGCCAGGGCAUGGGCAAAUAAAUGCAUUUUUGGACAUAACACAUAUUUAAACGUGAGAUAUUAUUGCCAUCCUCAUUUUAUAAGUGUUGGAGAGAACGUAUGGAUUGGAAGUCAUCAAAUAUUUGAUGUUAAAUAUGCCAUUAAAGCGUGGUAUGAUGAAGUCAGAUUCUACAAUUACUCAUUGCAGACAUGUAGUAAAGUUUGCAGUCAUUACACUCAGAUCAUUUGGGAUGAUUCAUAUAAACUAGGAUGUGCUGUUGUUUUUUGUAAUGAAGUUGGAGGAAUAAGAAAUGCAGCAAAUUUUGUUUGCAACUAUGCACCACGUGGUGGUUACUCAAGAAGACCAUAUAAAGAGGGAACACCGUGCAGUAAAUGUGCAAGGAGGGACUUCUGUGAUAGGAAACUGUGUAGAAAUGUAGAACGUGAUAAAAUUAUCUAUUACUCAAGAUGGAAUCCACCUUGGGAGUUCAGACUUGUAUGUGAUGAGGCGUGUAUUGCUAUUAUAAUUUUGAGAGCAUCACUGAUAUUUGUUUGUUUUCUAGCUAUUUAUUUUUUCAAAAAACACUUUACAAACAUGUUUAUGUCCUCAUAACUGCAUUUGAAAUAUGUGCAGUGUUCUGACCAUAACCUCUAAUGAAUUAAGCAAAAAUCCAUAUUGAUAUGAUUUUAAAGUCAGCUUUCUUUUACAGCAGUUUUGUUACCAUUCCUUGCAGAUAUGUAUAGAUACAUACAGAUAUAUUCUCCUUACAGAAAAAUAACAUGCUAUAGAAAUUAAAAAAAUUACUUCUGGGUAAGACCCAUGUUGAGAAAAUAGUAAACUAAGGAUGGCAUUUGAUGCUUAGAAGCAUUGUUUUUAAUUGCCAGAUUUAUGUAUUUAACUCUGUUUAGUUACCAAAUUUACACAAUAUAUUCUUGAAAUUCAAGGAGAAAAAUACCUAUCAGUUUAAAAACCUGUUACAGUUCAUGCUAAGGCAAUAUUUAAAGUGACAAAUGUUUAAUUUUAAUGCCAAGGGGAAGCUAGCACCAUAUUACAUACGAAGUCCCUUUUCCUAGAGUGACAGAAUGUUCUGAGUAAAAUCUAUAAAGUAAGACAUUUCUUUGGAAAGACAGUUCUUCAGAAGUGUUGAUGUUUGUGAAAUAGUACAACUUGGUAUUUAUUCCAUUAUGCAUUUAUUGUUCCUCAUUCAAAAUCAGAUUCUUCAGGUUGUUAUUAUUAUUUUAUUCCUAACUUCCUCUGAAUCUUGUGUUUCAUUUGUAAACUUUUCGUAUUGUAUUCCUUACAUUGUACUGUUACUGAUGCAUAGAAUAUUUCCUGUCCUGUAAGUGUUCUGAAGUUUUAAUAAAUUUUUUGGUU